CCGACCUGUCCCUCCAUUCAGAGAGUUCCAGUUUUAUCUAGUAUUUGGAUUGGAAGCUGCUGUUGUGUUUCUUGGCCUACUGCAUUGCCCUGAAAAUUUUGUCAUACAUGUUGUGUUGGUUGGCCUAUCUUGGCACAGAGUUCCAUCAAGGUUUCUUUUUUCUUGGAUGUCUUGUUGAUUUUUAUACAUUUACUUUGAGCUCAUUUUGGAACCUGACAACCUGUGGUGGUCCUGCUGUGAUCUCUGGUUCCUACUACUGUAUCUUUUUUUUUAAACCUACUACUGUAUCUUUGCUUUCUUGGUUCUGCAAGAGCUCGGCAAUCUUUUGCUGGAGUACGUCUCCUCGGCUCCUUCAAAUCUCGUACUUCCUGGCAUUGCCAUCGGUUUACUAGACGUAUUUGCUGCAUUUCGAGGCGUAUGUAUCUCUGAAUUUUUAUCGGUAUCCGGGACUCGAAUCCGCCGUAGCUUUCCCCUGUUCAAAGGAGAGACAGAUAGAUCCUCCAUCUUCUUUCGCAUGCUUCUUGUUCCUUCUACCACCAAAGCUGCCUCCAUGCCCUUUCAGCUUUUCCUUUCCCCUGCCCUUUGAUCAGUUGGCUGGAUGUGAUAGCACUGUUCAUCUGGAUCCUGCAUCCCAUCGAAUAGAAGAGCUGGCAGCGCCGUUCACGUUGGCGUUGCUUCUGUUGCUGUUGAGCAAAAGCAGGGCCCAAAUCCCGAUGUGAAUCGGAGAGCGUGAUUAGCCCCGCAUCCUUUUGCUGCUUUUGUUUCCCUUGCUGUUUAUAUUCAGGACUGCGAUGCUGAGGGAAGCCGCCGCUGAGCUGACUGCGACAGGAGGAGCAUCCGCCGCCACCAAGAUCCGCAAGCGCUGCGCCGUGUCGCCGUCGGGCGCGUCGCCGGAUCGCCAGAGGAGGGCGCUGAGGCUGAAGCGAGGCGUGCGGCUGAUCGGCCACCGGAAGGGAGGCGGCACCGGCGCGUCGCCGUGCGCGAGCAGCGGGAGGGAGAGGAGGAUGUCGGAGUCGUCAUGGAGCCGGCACGGCCGCCACGGCCACGCCGAUGUCGAGGCGUGGUCCGCGGCGUCGGCGCAGAAGCUCGUCAGCGCGCUCUGGCAGCUCAACAAGGGGGACGGCGGCGCGUUCGAGGAGGAGGAGGAGAUCGGGUGGGACGCGGCCGCCGUGCGCCGGGGCUCGGACCACCGGCGCAGCGUGUCCCUGGAGAUUUCGAGAAGAAAGAGCAAGACCAUGAAGGAUGAUGGAGAGCAGAGGAGCUGGCACGAUGGUCAUGCCCAUGGCCAGUGGUUCUCGGAUGUCAUGAGCAACGGCGGCACAGUGGAGGUGCACACGUGUCCUCAGGGCCGCACCCCGGCACGUUGUCCGGGCGGCGACAGGGCGGCGGAGGCGAAGGACCUGUUCAACAGCCUCACGGCGUCCGCCGAGCUCGUCAGGGUCCUGGGCAACGUCCUGGGCCCCGCCGGCGCGCUCGGCCCCACCGCGGCGUCGCUCGUCGCCGCGCUGCGCUCCGAGCUCGACGCCGCGCGCGCCCGCGCGCGGCGGCUCGCGAGGCACCACGGCGGCGGCGGCGGCGGCGAGGAGGAGCGCCACCGCCUGCGGAGGCAGCUCGCGGAGGAGGUGCGCGCGUGGAAGGCCAGGCACAGGGAGAAGGCCGCGGCGGCCGCGCGGCUGGUCGCCUCGGAGCUGGACGGCGAGCGCCGGUCGCGGCGGCGCGCCGAGCGGGUGGGCAAGAAGCUGGCCGAGGCGCUGGCGGACGCCGAGGGGUCGCUGCGGGUGGCCACGCGGGAGCUGGAGCGCGAGAGGGCGGCCAGGGCGCGGCUGGAGAAGGUCUGCGACGAGCUUUCCAGGAGCGUUGUUGGCGGCGGCGCGGUGGCGGAGGAGGAACUCAGGCGGGAGGCUGCCGAGGCCGCGCGGGAGGAGCUGGAGAGGGAGCGGGAGAUGCUGCAGCUCGCCGACGAGCUGCGUGAGGAGCGGGUCCGGAUGAAGCUGGCCGAGGCGAGGAUCCAGUUCGAGGAGAAGAACGCCGCCGUCGACCGCCUGCGCCAGGAGCUCGAGGCCUUCUUGGGCACCAGCAGCAAGGAGGGCCGUCAAGAAUCGCCCUUCCACGACGAAGUCCAGCAUACCGCCGAUGAUCGCCGGUCGUUGCAGCUGGUCCUUGCGUCCGAAUUUGGCGUCGACGGCAUAGACCGCGUGGUCACAGACAAGGCCGGACAAGGUGAAAAUGGCAACGAUGGCGAAGGCGACGACGGCUCGGAAGCAGGCAGUGACAUCGAGCUCAACAUGGACGGCAACAGCUGGAGCUACAAGACCACCUCCAGGGCGACGACGGCCAAGAACGCGGCGUCAGUGCACGGCUCACUUUCGGACAGAGGAACGGAAUGCGGCGCCGGGGCGGGCACCUUCGACCGGAGAUCUCAGGGCACGAGGGAUGCACUGGAGCUGCAGGAGUGGGAGGACGUGUGCAGCGACGACGGGGCCAGCACCAAGGACCUGGACGAGGACGCGGAGAGGUACGAGGCCAUCAAGAACCUCCGGGAGCAGAUGCUGGCCGGCCACGGCUUCGUCUUCCCGUCGCAAGGCGAGGUGGACGCCGACAGGGAUCGGCGUCGCCAGGCUUUGGUACCUCAGAUCGAAGAUGGGGGACUCUGGUAAGUAAGCCAGAUUGAUUGGCGUUGUUGAACGGCUGUCAGUGACAACACACACCAGCCCUGCUCCUUCAGAAUUUGUGCAUAGCUUUGAUUUUGGGGUUCCUUUUGCACAGUUUGUAGUAGAGCUUGCUCUCUCUCUCUCUUUCUCUCUCUCUCUCUCUCUCUCUCUCUCUCUCUCUCUCUCUCUGGUUUGGGUCAUCACUGUACUUCCAUAGGAGUAUUUGGUUUCAGUUUUCUUUUUAUGUUUUUUGUCAGUGACAUUUUGCGUUUGGCAUCUGGAUCAGAAAAUCACCCAUGCUUGUAUCUCAGUAUCUGUAUAUACGGAGUUACAUACUCGAGUGUUCAUAUGUAGGUUUUGUGAAGGAAAACACUGCCAGUUUAAAAAAAAUGAACCAUUUUAUUUUUUAAA